AUGAACGCAUCAAAUGUCACUACAGAGGACAGGGUUUACGCUGGGGUCUUUGGCUGCAUUAUGGUGAUAGGUCUGCCUCUCAACGUAGUCGCACUGUGGAUUCUUCUUCGCCACCACAGCCUCCAAUCGCCCAACGCUGUCUUCAUGGUCAACCUGGCAGUAUCAGACCUGCUGGUCAUCAUCUCUUUGCCCAUGAGGAUCUACUUUCACGCCACCCGCAGCUGGCCUCUGAGCAAUAUGGCGUGCCAAUUCAUCACAAUGCUCUUUCGCAACAACCUCCGCUCCAGCGCCUUCUUCAUUACUUUCAUCAGCGUGGACAGACUUCUGGCUGUGGUUUAUCCUCUGAGCAACCACAACCAGAGUUUCCUGUUCCAUACUAGCUCCCCUCACGUAGCACAGAUGAACAGCACAGAAGGACAUGUUCGCUGCUUGGCUGCAAUACUUCAUAAAGGACCAAAAAGAACGUCUUUUCUCAUCAUGAACACAUCAAACAGCACCACAGAAGGUGAACAGGUUUACGCUGGGGUCUUUGGCUGCGUAAUGGUGAUAGGUCUGCCUCUCAAUGCAGUAGCACUGUGGAUUCUUCUUCGCCGCCACAGCCUCAAAUCACCGAAUGCUGUCUUCAUGGUCAACCUGGCAUUCUCAGACCUGCUACUCAUCAUCUCUUUGCCCAUGAGGAUCUACUUUCAUGCCACAGGCACCUUGCAUCUGGGCAAUAUGGCGUGCCUCAUCAUUACGAUGCUUUUUCGUGACAACAUCCGUUCCAGCGCUAUGUUUAUCACCUUCAUCAGCGUGGACAGACUGCUGGCUGUGGUUUAUCCUCUGAGGUCACGCCAUUUAAGAACCUCGUCCAAUGCCUGGAAAGGAGCAGCAUUCGUCUGGAGUUUUAUGCUGGUGGUGAAUAUCCCAGAGAGUUUGGACUUUCUAGAACAUUUGCAGAACCACACUCAACCAGUUAUUUACCUUCAGAUUGUGUUACUGGUCACAAUGCUAACAGUCAACAUUGUUUGCACCGUUAUGGUGUCUUGGACUCUGCACAGACAUCUCAGUGACUCUGCAAAGGUCAGCAACAAGAUGAAAGUUAUGCUGAUCUUUGUCAUGAACUUGGUUUUGUUUGCCAUGUUCUUACCUGUGCCUAUAGGAAUGGCUGCACAUGGCCAAGAAAUCAUGCCGCUGGUGUGUCUUACUGUUUCUAACUGCUGUCUGGAUCCUCUGCUGUAUUACUUUUCUUUUGACUCCUUCUGGAAGAAAAAUGAGAACUCUGCCAAAUUGGCAUACCGCAAACACUUCCUCAAGUGCAUCCUCCCACGGUACCGUCAGCUCAAUGACAUACGCAAGUUUUUGGGAGUUAGACCACAGGUCGCAGAGCUGACUGCCUUAGGUGCCCAAGUGAUGUCAGUUCACUUGCAUCUGCCAAUCCCCGGCAACCUUCAGGAGGCUCAGGUCCAGGGUUGA